GCGGUGGUGGAGGAUUUCUUUGACAUCAUCUACGCCAUGCACGUGGAGAUCAGCGGCGACCCCGGCAAAGCACCGAAGCACGCCGGCCAGAAGAAGACCUACAAAGCUAUAGCGGAGACGUACGCCUUCCUGCCCAGAGAGGCGGUGACUCGCUUCCUGAUGAGCUGCGGCGAGUGUCAGAAGAGGAUGCACAUCAGCACCACCACGCAGGACUGCAAAGAGAACGACAGGCCAAGCCCUCAGGUGUCAGAGGUCAUCGACUACAACGUGCCUCUCACCACCACCUACAUGAAGCAGAUGAAGCUGCAGAGCAUCAGCAGCACUAAGGAUGACAGUUCAGUGAGCAGCGAGGAGGAGGCCGAGAUGAGCGAGCCCACGUGGCUAGCAGCCGAUCUGGGAGCAGCGUCAGACCUGAGCCCAUCGAGCCGCGGAGAGAGGAUGCGCCACAGUCCGCAGAACGCCCACAGCAAAGAGGACGACGAUGAUUCGUCCUCAGAGAGCGGCAGUGGAAACGGCCUGCCCGCCCUGACCCCUCCCUCCUCUGCUGUGACAGAUGGCGCCGUAGUCAGGGAAACUGAGGUUGUGAAUGGAAACGGUGGCCCCGCCCCUCUCGACUUCAGCAGGCCCACUUCCUCUUCCUCAUCCUCUGAGGACCAGCAGCCGAUCAACCUGAGUGACCCGCCUCCUCAGCGCCUGCCCCUGCCCGCCUCACACCUGCCCAUCACUGUCUCAGCGGCGGCCGCGGCGCUGCUCGGCGCGCUCCAUCCCAGCGCGCCCGAGGAGCUCCGCAGGAAGUACCCACUGGCUGCCAAACCUCCUCUGGCUCCACAUCCCGCCCUGCCGCUGCCCCUGCCGCACACACACGCUCCUCACAAUGCACACACCCCCAACACGCAGUCACACACACACGCGACCGAGCUGCGACUGGACCGCGACGGCAGGGAAUAUGGCGGCAAGUCCCCACAGUACAGUUCAGGCGGCAGCUACGACAGCAUGAAAAUGGACUUGAGCGCCGAAGACUUGACUGUGGGGCGUCAUGGCAGCCAGGGCGCUCCCGAUGAUGAUGACGACGACCACGACGACCACGACGACAACGACAAGAUGAACGACACAGAGGGCGUCGACCCCGAGAGAUUAAAGGCCUUUAAUAUGUUUGUGCGUCUGUUUGUGGACGAGAACUUGGAUCGGAUGGUGCCCAUCUCCAAGCAGCCUAAGGAGAAGAUCCAGGCCAUCAUCGAGUCCUGCAGCAGACAGUUCCCAGAGUUCCAGGAACGCGCCCGCAAGCGCAUCCGCACCUACCUCAAAUCCUGCCGUCGCAUGAAGAAGAACGGCAUGGAGACCCGCCCCACUCCACCUCACCUCACCUCGGCCAUGGCUGAGAACAUCCUGGCUGCUGCCUGCGAGAGCGAAUCACGCAACGCUGCCAAGAGGAUGCGCCUCGAAGCCUACCACGAUGAGCAGAUCGCUCUGGAUAAGCCGUCCGGGGUCGGAGGCGUGCUGAGGGAGCCGGCGUCCCUCGCUCACUCCGCCUACUCAUUGGCCGCCUCAGCCUUCUCCUCCCAGGAGUCCCAGCUCUAUAUCAACGGCGCUGGCCUCAGCUACGGUUACCGUGGAUACCCAGGCCUGAGCGCCACCAUGCAACACCCUGUUUCCCUGACAACCGGUGCUGCUGCUGCUGCUGUUGCUGGUCAGACCAACGGCCCCACUGACCUCAGCAUGAAGUCUCACUCCUCCACCAACGUCAGUAACUCCUCCUCUUCUGUUGCCGCCAACAGCCUCGGUGGGCGGGGCAGUGGUGGCGGAGGAGGGGGGGGGGCGUCGACCCAGCUCAGCCAGCCUGAGAUCACGGCCGUGCGUCAGCUGAUCGCCGGAUACCGAGAGUCAGCCGCCUUCCUGCUGCGCUCAGCAGACGAGCUGGAAAACCUCAUCCUGCAGCAGAACUGAUCUCUCACACACACACUCUGUCACUCUUACACACACACACACACACACACACACUACCCCGUCACGUUUCCUGCGCCCUCGCCGGCCUCGCCUGCUUUGAAACUGUGGCGACCGUUUGGAGGAAAACGGGAACCUGAGGCCGCAGCGAGGGCGAAGAAUCCACCGAAUCCUGCCUGAGAACAAAAACCGGAACGCCGCAGGAAGCUCGGCUCCUCUGCGGAGGCGCCUCACAAUCACAGAGGAGGAGGAGCAAAGACUCUGUGGGGAGCUGUGGGAGUUCGGGUCGAUCUUCUUCUGGUUAUAAAAACGACGUCGCGCUGAGGCUGUCUGUUUUCGGACGCUGUCCGUUUCUUUGUUGGGACGUUUUCUCUUUUGCGAUUUGUCCGUUGGACUUUUUUAAAGUGAAAGAAGAAAAAGAACAGAUGGACUGUUCGUGCUCGCCUGUAUAUAAGCUCUCUGUGUCCUUCAGCACUUUCUCCUCACCUCUGACCUCACCCCGUCCUUCCCCUUUGCCCAGGGAGCCGCGUGCUCACUUAUGCAUCCGAGACGCCAUUUUGACCGCCAGGAAAUACCUCAGAUCAGACCUGCCAAUCAAAUGCUCAGCUCCUGCAGGUGAAGCCGGGUUUCUCCGCCUCCUGAUGUCGUCAGCGUUUCUUUCUUUUCUGAGGAGAGUCGUGCGCGUGUGCGCAGGUUUACCUCCAGCUUCUACGAAACCUCAGCAUCUGUCCCUCCUCCUCCUCCUCCUCUUCUUCUUCUCUCUGUUUGGACCUACUCUCCGGCUCUUCUUCGUGGACCUAAACCUCCUCCUCUUCCUCAGGCUUCAGAGGAUGAGGAGGACUGCUCCGUCUUACUGUGUGUGUCUGUUAAACUCUGAGAUGGCCAUUACUAUUAUUGUUGUUAUUACUAUGAUUAUAAUGAUGAACUUUCAUGUUGCUGCUGCUAUUUUAAAAACCGGACCUUCUGCCAUAGACCUGAAACCUCAACACAGCCGGGCGGUAGCUCGCCGCAGUGCCCCGUGAAAACGCGACCGACCAACCGGCUCAGAGAGCGACGGUCCGAUGCGGCGCUCCUCUCUGUCUCGCUGGCUGCUUGGUCGGCUGCUUUCUUUGUUUUGCUUCAUAGGGCUCGAUUCCUGUCGUGUUUUGUGACUUUCUAACUGUGAAUCUUCUUCUUUUCGGACCCUCCCCUCAGUUUCGUCCUGUUGGAGGGCACGGGGAGGGCUGUACAAACUUCUAGUCCCGUGUAGAUUAAUACUAUCUGUUUGUUUACUAGUGGGUAACUUGUGAUUAGUCUGAGAGGAAAGUGAGGCAGCAGAUACGUGGAGCGGGAGCUCCUCCCUCAGGUUCUCAGCCAUGUUGGAAUCACACCUGAUGUUCUGGUCCCUGCUUACGCUCUGCUGCUGGAAGAGUUUGACGUUUGUGGAAAUAGGAUUUGCUUUCAAGUUAGAUGAAAAUCUGACCUCAUUGUUGUACCUGUCUGUAAAUUUCAGCUGCACCUUCCAACCCUGGAGCUCUAGAAGCUGCAGUUCCUCUGAUGUCCUCUGGAGGCUCCAGUGGUGGGUUGGCCUCAUAGACUCCCAUGUUAAAACUUUAGAGCAGAAGUUAACAUGUUUAUGGCUCAGCAGUAGCUUCUGGACCAUAUAGGAUACAAGACAGUAGCCCUAAGCUAGCUUAGCUUUAAACACUAGAAGCUGGGGGAAGUGGCUAGCUUACUCAUUAGCAUGUUAUGUCCUGUAAAAAGAAGCCAUACUAAAAAAAGAGAGCGAAAACAUAACAUGUUAGCUGGUGCUCUGUACAGGAAUGUAAGCAGAUUUUCUGGCCUUUAAACAGAGCCAGGCUAGCUGUUUACCCCUGCCUGCAGUCUUUGAGCUAAGCUAAGCUAGCUGUCAGAACAUCAAACGUCCCAUCAGGAUCUCUGCAAGGAAGCAAGUUGUUCCGCCACACCCAAACUCUUCCUUUAAUUCUCGUUCUCAUCACCGCCGAGUACUUUUGUCUUUUGAUAGCGUUGUUUAAAGAUAAUUAUUUUUCAUUAUGUGAAAUUUAGCUUCAAAGUGCAUUUUGAACCUCAGCUCGUUAGGCGCUCGGGCUUGUUAAGGCCUCGGGCUCGUUAAGGCCUCGGGCUCGUUGGGGCCUCGGGCUCGUUAAGGCCUCGGGCUCGUUAAGGCCUCGGGCUUGUUAGGAGUUUGGGCCCUCGUUGAGGCCUCGGGCUCGUUGGGGCCUCGGGCUCGUUAAGGCCUCGGGCUCGUUAGGCGCUCGGGCUUGUUAGGAGUUUGGGCCCUCGUUGAGGCCUCGGGCUCGUUAAGGCCUCGGGCUCGUUAAGGCCUCGGGCUCGUUAGGCGCUCGGGCUUGUUAAGGCCUCGGGCUCGUUGGGGCCUCGGGCGCUCAUUAGGGCCUCGGGCUUGUUAGGAGUUUGGGCCCUCGUUGAGGCCUCGGGCGCUCAUUAGGGCCUCGGGCUUGUUAGGAGUUUGGGCCCUCGUUGAGGCCUCGGGCGCUCGUUAGGGACUUGGGCUCGUUAAGCUCCUGGUUUCCUGGAUGAUGCUCUGCUUCUAUUAUGGUUUCUUCUCAGCUCAACGGUCAUUUCACUGUAAUUUGCUCCCUUUUUGCACAGCGAGGAAAGCAACAGUCAUCUGUGACGUGAAGGGGCGGGGCCCCUUUGUGUGAGUGUAUGCAUGUUUCCUCAGAGGGACCGCCCCCAACCCCCCACGCCCCGCUCUGCUGUGAAGCAAAGGGGAGGCGUGGCAUGGCAGUUUUCUGUCAUGCGGCUGAUAAUCACCACGUUCACCGGAAGGUUUGUGAUGGCAGCUCAGACCUCACAGCCUCCACCCAAACAUCCACACAUUCACGCUCAUGUGCAGCGACAGAAGCGCCCAAGCUUUGGGAAAAGUUUCACAUGGAAGUGACUGAAUUUGAUGAGGUUUUGUUUUUGGAAAGCUGUGAUUAAAGAUCAGCGAGAGAAAAACUGGAGAAAAAUAUGCAAAAAAAAAAAAAAAGACGAGAAGAAGAAGAAGAGCAGGAGGGCACGACCUUUGACCCACCUUUCACCUCAAAGCAUUUAAAAAGGACGAUCAACACCGAUGUUCAAUCAAACUUUAUUCGUCCUCGUAAACAGAGUUUGGGCCCCGGCGUCCCGUCCUGCUCUUCCUCCGUCUGAUCCUCACUGUGCUCUCAGAUGCUGCCUCUGCUUCGGCUUCCUGGCUUUCAGAGUCAGAGCGACCCAGCACCUCUGGGUCACCUGGACCGGUCCAGGUGUGCUGUGAUGGGCCGAACCGCUCUCUGCUGUGGCGGCAGCGUCAGCAGACACGGGACCUGGAGGUGUGGCGAUCCCUCGGACCGCGGCGGGGUUUCACCUGCACUGCUGCCGUUCCGAAAGCCUCGGAGCUCCCAAAUGUUUGUGAGAAAUAAACGAGAUCCUCCCGUUAGACAAACAGCUGUUUGUUUACUUUGAAUGGCAGCGUGCGAUUGGUUGAAUCGGCUGACAGGCUUCCUGCUGUCGGGGAGGAUGUCCUGAAGUCUCCAAACGCGUCGUUUGAAGCAGUCUUUCUCUGUGAUCGCCUUCAGAAUCGCCUGUACGGACUCUGAGGGCUCCAUAAAGUUCAGAUGAAACGCAGGAACAGUUCGAUGCACUUCUGCUUCAUGUUCCCGACUUCCUUUAACUUCCUGCUCACGCCAGGGUCGGAUGUUCGAAGCGGUUCUGUUCAUCCUCCUCGAUACCUUCUGCUCCUUUGAAACGACCUCUGGCGACCUUGUUAUUAUUCGUCUUUUGUUGGAUUUCUUAAGGAAUAAGUUCAUAACACCUUUAAGAUGGUCUGAUGAAAUCAUCGCAUCACUUCCUGUUUCUCAGAGAGGAUGUUUCUGAAUCACACACAACAAAAAGCAAAUGACAAUCUGCAGAAAGGUGGAAUUUGCUCUCUGUUUGGUUUCCAUUCCUGCUGUCGGCACAGCCGGACAGAUCGGGAGAAUGAUCCGGGUGUUUUAGCCAUACGCCACCGCCGCCUCCUUCUCCGCUCGUUGUUAACGUCUCCACGGUCGAGUACAUAGCAGAUGCGUUUCUAUCCAGUUUCUAUUUUUUAGUAUGACGUGAUUCUUCUUCUGAUUUCUAUAUUUUGUAGUGUGAUUAAAGUGGUCUUUUUAUAUUCCAGCAGUUUCUACCACACAUUCCAAACGUGCAUGUCAGCAGACGGGACCCGGCCGGCGCCGCCGCGGAUGCUGAGCUCAUCUUAGCUGUCCUCCACAGCUGCUCUGUUUUUAAAGGUCGUGUUGAGGCAGAGGUGGUCAGUCUGUCACAAAGGUCACGGCGUCUCGUCGACCUCUCGGGCCUCGGAGACUCUCGAGGUGGAGUCGAUCAGUUUACUUCACAUUUAGCGCCUUCUGUCUUCAUGCCCACCUGUUUUAAAGUCGGUCCUCCUUAAAAGGAAAAAAACAUCAGUCGCAGCCUGCUGUGAUGACGGUGAGUCAGCAUGGAGAGCCCACCUGUGUGCACAGGUAACAGAAGCCUCCUGUCAGCCCCUCUGAAGGAUGUUGAGGGGUCAUCUUAAGGUUCAGGGUUAGGGUCUUCCUGCUGCUGUCACCUUUAGAUCACUCAAAGGAGGUGCCAACCGCUCUUUGCACGGAGGAAGACGUGGCGAGGAGGAGGAGAGCUCGACCCACAGUCUGAGCAGUUUCCUCUGAACCGUCCGCCUCAGACGAUCGGUCCUCAGGGACGAAUUUAAAGGGGCGUGACCUCACGAUGGGAUCGUGCUCCCGGUCGUUCCUCACCCUCAGAAGUGAGGGUCAGCAGUCGGUGUAGAAGCAGGAACCAUGGACUCCAGCUGGUUCCUCUCAGUUUUUUUCCUUUUGGCUCAAAGACUGGAGUUUGAUGAAGCGUGGAAACGUGCGCUUCAUUCAUUAAAUCUGGCUGUCAUGGCGGCAGGUUUCUAACAGAUGCAGACAUGAACAUCAAAGUGCAGGAUGUAUUGUUUGUGCAAAAGUCUUGAAUCACAUGUCGCUGUGGAGGACGGCGUCAGACGGGGGCGUCUGUAGUCGCGAUGCCAGUCAGGUCCCAUCGAAUCAGAAUCUAAGCUCAAAACACGUCUUUAAGAAAAAAAAGAAAGAAGGCAGACGGCGUUAUGGAGCGUUUUUAUUUUUCUAUCUGUACGGCUUCUGUCAGAAUAUAAAGACGGCGUCCGGGCCGCUUGGUUUCCUGGUUUUCAGUUUGUGCUUUUUUCUUUCCUUCCCGUCUUUGGCUGACUUCUUUGUGCCGGACUCGUGGCUGUCUCGACGUCCUCUGCCGGGCCUUCGUACCUUCAGUAAUACCAAUGUGAAACCUGUAACUCUCCUCAUGGUUCGACUCAGUGGAAGUGUGAUGUUUACAUGUACAGAUUUUUGCUAUUUUUCUUUUCUGGUUCUUUCUGUUUUCAUCUUCAUGCCUCUCUUUUCCACUCCUGAGUUCCUCUCACUCCUUCCUCACACAGGGAAAUGGGACUGAGACUAAAUAUGAUUAUCCACCUUUCACACUCUGCCCUUUCCCACUGUGGAGGCCUGAGAGUGCCAAAAGAACUAAUGGCCUUAGCACCUUUAAAUGCAUCAAACUAAGAAAUUAAUCUGAACUGUAAUUCUCCUCUUUAUUUCCUGUUUCAUGUUCUAAAUAAGGAAAUAAAGUGCAAAAUGAAUGCAUGAAUAAAUGAAUGUAAUUGGCACCCGUGCAGCAGCCAUGUUUGGACCUGACCUAAGGCUCAUUUACAGCUCAGGUAAAUGUUUUGCAGGCCGUUAGUUUUAAUUUAAAGUCUGUUUUCAGUUCAUCAGUGUUAGUUUUAUGGGAUUAUAACAAAUGAGAACAUUAUUUAUAUAUUUUUAUUUUCAUUAUUUUUAGUAGUGCACAGUUUGGUCUAGUUUUUAGAAGACGGCGAUUUCCUGCAGGAGAGGUGGUGAGCCUGGCCCAGAUGUGGUCCAGAUGUUGCCACAGUCACUGAAGCCGGGUCAAAGCCAGACGGGGUAAAUCUGUACGAAGGUGAAUACGGACAGAAAUGUUUGGGUUGAUGCAUUUAAUUUUCUGUUAAAGUGUUUGAGCUGUUCAGUCAUUUUGGCAGUUUCAGUCCUCCGUAGGGUCUGGGGGAUCGGGUACUUCCUGUUAGCAUCGUUAGCGCUGAGUUAAAUCUGCCACGCUAACGUGCUCGGUGAAGAAAGUCGAGGCGUUCCCGGGCGGCCUUCUGGGUGUGGGAGGGGGGAGUUGUGCGAUUGUUCGGCUCUGGAGGGGUGGGUUGCGGUUGACCCCCGACCUCUCGGCUGACUCCACGGCACACAGGAUCCCAGCGGGGCCACGGCGACCCUCCGCGAUCCGUGGGACACGAUUCCUCAGUGAAUGAAAAGCCAUUUCGAGCCCCGGGUCUUUAGUCUGUUAGUGUAUUUAGCGAAACUUAAACUGCGGACGGCGAAACUCAACCUCAGGAACAGAAAAAAGGACAUGACUUUUAUAAAAGCAGCUGAAGGCCCAUUUCCCUCUCUUUGAUACCAUAUAAAUUAUAUCAAAUCAAUUCUUUUUAUAUUUAUUGUGUUUAUUAUUCUUCUAUAUAACAGUGGAUACCUUUUGCAGUACCUGUGGCUGAAUAUUUUGAUUCUUUAGAAAAGUGUUGAUAAUAUAUGUGAAGCAACUUAAAGGACAGAGGAAAAAAAAGAAGAAAUCUGGGUUGUUCUUAUUCUUUCUGUUUGUUGAUGACUACAUAUCACUCUGGUCCAUGACGAAGAAACCAAUGAUUAUACAGACUGAGCUUUCUUUGUGUGAUGUCACUGCUAAGGCUGAAAUGUUUCUGGACUUUGUGACCGUUCAGUUUGUUUUUGGUUUGUUUCCUCCCGAGCUGUACAUCACAAAGCUAAAUAUACUAAUAAAAACGGUGUGCUAUCUAUCAGA